AUGAACGAAGUCCGUAGUUAUAUCGAUAAAAAGAUCUCCGUAAUUCUUGAGCAGCUUCCCACGCUGUUCAAGUACGAGUUUAUCUCGAUAUUGUUUCCGGAGGGCAAUUGGAAGCCGGACUGGUUCAAAGCAUUCCGACGCUUUAAAUCCUACAGUAUCGAAUUCCAGACUGCCCGCCCGAAUUUGGGCCCGGUUGAACGAUGCGAUAGCCACAAGGAACUGGCUCAGUUGAGGUAUUUGCUCGAGGAGGUGGGAAUGACGAUGCAGAAAAUCUUUGCCUGCAACAGCAAGAUUCUUCAGAUAACCGAGUCCGGAGAAGCCCCGGUCAUAGACCAAGCCACUCAACUCAUCCACGAGGUACUCUAUACACACCUCAAAGAUCGCAUGAACAUGUGCUGUGAUAUUGAGCUUCCCUGGGCCAAUUCCACACAAAAUCAGAACUGCACACCACCCAGCCAGACUAACCCAGCCAAGCAGAAUGGCGCGACCACCCAGAACGGCACACCUCAAGGCCAUUCCCAUGCCCGCUGGCGCAGCGAGAGCGGCACAUCCAACCACAACGGCACGCCUCAAGGCCAUUCCCAUGCCCGCGGGCGCAGCGAGGGCCGUAUAUGUACCCAGAACGGCAUACCUCAAGGCCAGCCCCACGGCCGCUGGCGCAGCGAGAGCGGUAUACCUAACCACAACGGCACGCCUCAAGGCCAGUCCCAUGGCCACUGGCGCAGCGAGAGCCGCACAUCCACCCAGAACGGUACGCCUCAAGGCCAGUCCCACGGCCACUGGCGCAACCGCAGCGAGAGCGACACAUCCAACCAGAACGGCACGCCCAGCUCUGCGAAGUACAUCCCUCCAACUCUCCGAAAAUAA